AUGGAGACGCAAGUGAGACGAUGGCAAAGCAAGGCAUCCGUGAAACAAACGACUUCAGCAAUGGUCACUAAGCAUUGGCUCAUGGCGGAGAAGCAUUGGACCAAGGCUAUGUGUGAUCGUGGGUUUGAAUGGGCAAAGCAAAACGGGCUCUGGCAGAUCAAUCCUGUCCACGGCGAAGAAGAAGCAUCUUUAGUGAUCGAACGACUUUUCCAAGUCGAAGAACAGCAAUGUGAAACAACGACUCAGUCCGGGUCGUUUGAGACCCAGGAUCCCAACGGGAACUUCUUGACGCAGGAGGUUGCUGUGGAAGAUGCCUUCAAAACAACGGAUGGCGGUGAUGGGGUGGUCACGGAAGGGUCUGGCGCGUCUUUCCGGUUGGCUUUCCCUCGGAUCCAACAGAACCAGUCACCGCUGGCAAUCGUGCCGGCAUUUCUAGAUUGCAUGGCCAAGAAAAUGGAACAUGCAUCCAAAGAGCAGGACUGGAGCAAUCUCCAAGUUGAUCAAUGGAUGGCCACCAAGAUCGAGGAGUAUGCACAAGAUUUGUCCAAGAAGUUUGAUGCUUUGUCAGCGCUCCAAGGGGAAGCCUUGACCAAGAAUCUUGAUUCGCAACACACCGAGCUCAAGCAGCAGUUUGCUGAAAUCACGAAGACGGAUGUUGCACUGAACAACAUCUUGGUGAGAGCAAGGUGCUUGGCCUUCGACUUCUGCAGCGUCGGAACCAAUCCAAGAUGA